GUGUUCAAGAGAGGAGGAGGCUGGAACGGUGGGCAGAACCCAGCACAUGGAGGACUUGGUGAGCCACGGUAAGUCUCAGCUCCUGUUACGUUCUGAACUCCUCCUUAUCCGAAGAUGAAUGGUCUACACCACCAGCUCUUCACUGCAGUCAGAUUUACUGGGCACUGCCCAGAGAAGGACAUGGUGCCCCUGCAUGUGACCCAGAAGUUUUCACUGCAUUGACCUGAGGGUAUUAAAAUUGCCUUUGUAUCUGUCUGCCUCUCCCACUAGACUGGAGGCUCCUAAAAAGCAGGGAGUAUGUCACUUUAUCUUGGUGUCCUCCUAGCUCAGGGCCUGCCUCAAACGUGCUACAGUUUUCUCCUUGCUUCCAUGCUUUUGCUUAUGUCCUUCCUCAGAAACACCCUUUCCCACUUGCCUGCCUGGCCCACUCUUCCCAGUGACCUCCACAAAGCUUCCUGUAGAUUCUUUCUUUGUGUUCCUAUAAUGCCUUGGACCCACCUCUCAAAGAGUGCUGUCACAUUGCUAUUCAUUCCAGGCCUUUCUUUGCCUUUGGAAGGUGAGCUCCUUAAGGGCAGAUCCUGUAGUACUCACCUUUUGUAUUUUUGGUACCUUUCAGGGCACCAUGAAGAGGGCCUGCUUAGAGUUAAUAGUGGGUGCAAAGAGAACGGCGGCCUUCUCGCCGGCAGACUGAGAACAGGAGUGGGGGCAGCUGAGAGGGGCAGUUAUAGAGGCAGAGGGAAAAUGGGGAUACUUUAGUGCCAUAUAUAUCAGCGAAGUAUUUUUAGGAAGAAAGAGUAAAUUAAUAGGGAAAAAUGCUACAUGAAAAAAGAAAGGACCCUUGGAUUUGGACGUGCUUACUGGAAUGUCGAAAUGAUAAUAAUAAAGGAUUUUUCUUUCUCAGACAGCAAUGAAUGUGGAUCAUGAGGUUAACCUCUUAGUGGAGGAAAUACAUCGUUUGGGUUCAAAAAAUGCUGAUGGAAAGUUAAGUGUGAAAUUUGGGGUCCUCUUCCGAGAUGACAAAUGUGCCAACCUCUUUGAAGCAUUGGUAGGAACUCUCAAAGCUGCAAAACGAAGGAAGAUUGUUACGUACCCAGGAGAGCUACUUUUGCAAGGUGUUCAUGAUGAUGUUGACAUUAUUUUGCUGCAAGAUUAAUGUGGUUUACAUAUCUUUGUGUAUUGCUAUUUUUUGUUUCUGGUAAACUGGAAUGUUAAAUCAGAGGACAAACAUAUGAGCAUACUUAAUGUAUUUUUAUAGAACUUUGUAAACAAAAGGAGAUUCAUAUUUUAGAAGUCUGUCCUUUUUUAUAUCAUGAAAGAAAAUUUAUGUAUUACACUGAAUGAACAAAACUUAUUAUUUUUCUCAGGAAUCUCUCUGGGAACUGUAGGCAAUGAGGCUUUCUUUGGUGGGGUAGGGAAGUGUUUGUUUCAUAAAUUAUUCUUAGACACUUUCUAGAGAUAUUUGUCAUUCUGUGAAAGCAAGAAGCAACUGAAGACCGACUCCCCACAAGGAAUAUUACAAUGUUUAUGUAAUAAAGACAUGCAACUGUCUUAAAAUUG